GGCCAACACUCUCGUAGUGGUAAAAUAUAUUGUAAGACGAGUGAAAUUUAGAAAUUUGUGAACUGAAACGAAAAGCAAUUACUUAACCUGGAUCGCAAAUUUGGUUGCCGCAAAUUUCAGACACAGAAUUAAAGAUUGAUAAAAAAAUCUUCAUACAAUGACAAUCUGAGCUCCAGAAAUAAGAAAAUUAUCGUAUAUGAGAUCAGACAUUGAACACACAGUGACGACCUUCAUAUUUUUAAACAAGUCUUCAGCUGGGUCGACUGAGGCUAAACACACCACAUUGGCUCCAGCAGGCCUAGAAAUUUAGACAUUUUGAUGAUUGUUGGUACCACAACUACAAUUGUCCAAAGAGCAGAAAAAAGUCGGGUCUCGAAAAUACUGUGUAUGGCUUUAAAGAGUAUAACAGCCGUGCUGGUUUAAGAAUGACCUGGUACAAUGGCGGAGGGAUCAAUCAAAGACGGAUCAGAUGCAGACUCCGACAUAGCAUGUACACCGUGUGGAGAAGCCAACAUCAGGGAAGAAGCUGUCAAAUAUUGUCUUGAUUGCCAACAAUAUAUGUGUACAACAUGCUCAACAUAUCAUGGUCGGCAAAAGGCUACGCGUUUUCAUAAGCUUCUAGACAGAGAUACUGCCAAGCCAGUGUCGGCGAAAUGUCUUUACCACCCAAACAGAGACAUUGAGAUGUACUGUGGAACGCACGACAUGGUGUACUGUUCAAAGUGCAUAGCUACCAAACAUAGAGCUUGCUGUGGAGUGACAGAUAUAGAUGAAAUAAAGACAGGGUCUGUUCCUCAUAAAGAGAUAAGACGUAUACAAAAUGAUACAAGAAACAUUAAACAGCGCUUAGCAGACACCGACAAGAAGACACAGCAAAGGAUCGAGUGCCUUGAAAAUCAAAAAGAUGAAAUACCUGCAGAAAUAGAGGAAGUUGAACAAAGCUUAAUAGAACAAAUCCGGAAAUUAAAACGUGAAGCAAUGGAUACUCUAAACAUGGAAUAUAUUUUAGUCAAAGACGAACUGAAGUCCAAUGUCAACCUGAUCGCAGAUCUGAAAAAGGAAAUAGAGAAGGCAAGUAGCCAGUUGCAGACAUUAGCAAGUAUGAGUGCGAGGCAGCAGUUUGUUCAGAUGAAACUGAUACAAAAGGCUAUAAAUGACGCAGAAAACUUGUUUGCCAACAGCGAGGACAAAGGAAGAUUUGCUUUAUACUUUGCAGAAAAUUCCGAUUUAAAGACUGCAGUUAUGACAGCGACAUCUAUAGGACAUGUAAGUAACGUUACGGAAAAUAAACAAACUGUCCCGAGGUUAUUUAAGGUGAAAUCGAAGAAGGAGAUUAAUGUUAGAAUGCAAAAUGACAAAGAAGGGUGUCACAUAACAGAUAUAUGUCAGCUUCAGGACGGUACGAUCAUACUGGCUGACUGGGGAAAUCGAAAGAUAAAGAGGCUUGACAUGGAUUACAGCGUCAAAGACCAUCUUGACUUAGGUCACAGACUCAGUGGUAUCUGUUGUACAGGUCAGAAUGAAGUCGCAGUGAAAAUGCACAACGACAAAGUUCAGUUUAUAUCAGUCGGCAGCUCAUUGUCUAAGCUGAGAGAGAUAUGUGUAGAAGGCGGAGGUUGGUUAGGAAUUGCAUACGAUACUGGGGAAUUGUGGAUAUCUACCGGAAGUGAUCGUGGUGUCAAAGUCUACAGUACAUCUGGUGCUCUACUGAAAACUAUGAAUGGUAGGAAUAUAUUUAAAUCGUGUACUGAACACUUGGCUGUCUGUGGGGAAACUGUUACUGUAACAGACUAUAGUAAUGGUGCAGUCUGUCUGGGAAGAGAUGGUACGGUAAAAAGACAAAUGCGGGACGGAAGGCUUGCCAACACAGAAGGUGUAUGUGUAUCUGGUGAUGGAACAAUAUUCCUGUCCGGAAGAAAUUCAAAUAAUAUAUUGAUGUUUGAUAAGGAUGGGAAAUGUCUUGGAGAGUUGGUAGCUAAUGACCCUGGACUAGUAAAUCCAGUGGCAUUGCAUUACGACGAAAAGUCUGAUUGUAUAAUUGUGACGAGUGAUUUUUCUGACAGAAUCACGAUUUUGGAUAUUUCUGAUUAAAUGUACAUGCAAAUUUAUGGCAACAACUUAGUGCAUAUCAUGAUGAUUACUGAAAAUGGUAAAUAGACGUAACUUCCAGUUACAGCGAAAUUUGAAUUUGAAGAGACAAAAAAAGUGAAAGUUAUAUAGUCGAUCUCUUACCGUUACCUCACAAUAAGUUUCAUUUCAAUAUAUGUAAAAUGAAUGAACUGAAACGCUUAGAAAAUCCGACCUGACAGAGAACACUGGUAAAACAAAAGCCUUUGAUUAAAUUAACCACAAAAGGGUGUCCAAACCAAAACAGACCGAACAUGUAAAUAAAGAAACAACACAACCAAAAACAAAUGGAAAAUUGAACAAAUCAGUAUAACAGUAACAGUCGGCAGUAGUCCAUAGCCAGUCAAUAGAUUGUCAGUUAAAAUAUACAGUACAAUUUAUUGAAUAAAGGUAACAAAUGUAAUGGGUCAUUUAGCAAAACAGAAGUAACCAAAUUAAAUCCAAAAAUAGAAGCAGAUCCUCAUCAACUAAACGAAAAAACUCUUCACCUGACCAAGAGAAAAUCCACGAGAAAAAGUACAAAGUUACGCAAAGUCCAGAAACAUCUGACACUGAAAUUGAUAGACUUUAAAUUUGUGACACUGAACAAAAAUACCAAUUUGUACAAAGUAGAGAAACAAUGAAUGGCAAUGAUAGUUUAAGUUGUACACAAGGUGAGGCACAAGAUCAACAAGGGUCACAGUUACAUGUGUUCCCGCAGCAUGUUUACAAUAUGGGCUCAGCAAUGAUGCCAUAUAUAUCAGCCCCAGUACUAAUGACCUCUUUUCUACAUCCACCAAAUAUACAGUCCACAAGUUUAUCUAACCAUGAUCUAGUGAGAAUAGUCAACCUUCUCAAAGAAGCAUUAAAAGAAGUAUGAAAGUAGAUGAAAAACUUCAGCGAUGGAAAAAGAUAUUGAUAUUCUCAAAGAAGAAAUAAAAGAUCUGAAAAUGAAAAACACUGAACUACAGCAGAAACAAGACGAAGCAGAGCAAUAUAGUAGAAGAAAUAGUGUAAGAAUAAGUAACUAUAAUUUAAAGAAGAAACAGUCGAAAAUAGAGUUAGCAUAGUAGCAACACUUGCUGCAAAAUCAAAAGUCAACAUAACAAAUGCUGACAUAGAUAAUUCAAACAGAGUUGGUGCAAAGAGAAAAGAAUAACACAGAGAUAUUACAGUCAAGUUUACCGCUUACAGAGCAAAGAUAGAAGGAAGAAAAGCUCUAAAGAAACUAGGUGAAAAUGGCUACAUAAAUGAUGACCUAAGAAGACAUAGAAGUGACAUUGUCCAGAUGAAGCAAGACAGGUGAAAAGGGAUGACAGCACCAAUGCCAAAGGUUCAUGGACUUUUAAUGGAUCAAUAUACAUUCAAACGCUCACAGAUGAAGCUGUGAAAAUAAACAAUAGACUUGAUUUGAAGAAAUAUCAAUCUAAGCUACCAGAACUAGCGGAAUAUGAAGUAUAACGAGUAAGUUACAUAUAACUGGCCAUUGAAGAACUGUGAUGUAUUACAUGUAUAUGUGUAAACUGUUUAUAUAUCUGAGUGUAUCUGAGUAUAUAUCAAAAGUAGUUUGAAGCUUAUGAUUUGCUUUGUAGACUAUGAUAAUCCUUGUAUAUAGAGAGAGAAUAUAUCUAAAUUAGAUUGAAACCUAUGAUUAGCUUUGUAUGUAAACUAAAAGGGAGUUGUUCUGUUUAAUAUGUUAGUUUGGUAAUGAGUAUGUUGAUGGUGAUUAUGUUGAUAAUUAUGGUUUGAUGGUUGAUAUGUUGAUGAUUACGAUGAUGAUGGUGAUGAUAAUAAUGAUGAUGAGUAAGAUGAUGAAAGUGGUGAGUAUGACGUUAAAGAUAAUGAUGAAUGUUGUUUUGAUGGUGUACAGGUAACAUAAUAUUAAGAGAAGAAGAAGAAGAUGAAGAAGAAGAAGACGAAUGAUGAUUAUGAUGAUGAUGAUGAUGUAUACAAUUAUGACAGCUCGAAUAAAGACUACAUAAAAAUACUGGGUUAAUUAAAUAGUCAUUAGUUUGAUUGUUCUGUGAUGAAUUAACUACUUGUAUGAUAUGUGAUGGUGAUGAUGAUGAUGAUGAUUAUGAUGAUGAAUACAAGUAUGACAGCUAGACUAAAGACUGCAUGAGAAUACUGUAUAAAUUAAAUGGCCAUAAAUGUUUUUGGUUUGUGACGAAUUAACUAUCUGAAUGCUAUGUGAUGAUGAUGUUGGCUACUGUUGUGAUAGCUUAACCGUGUGGAGAAGCCAACAUCAGGGAAGAAGCUGUCAAAUAUUGUCUCGAUUGCCAGGAAUAUAUGUGUGCAACAUGCACAACAUAUCAUGGUCGACAAAAGGCUACGCGUUUUCAUAAGCUUCUAGACAGAGAUACUGCCAAGCCAGGGACGGCGAAAUGUCUUUACCACCCAAAUAGAGACAUUGAGAUGUACUGUGGAACGCACGACAUGGUCUACUGUUCAAAGUGCAUAGCUACCAA